AUGGACGGCAAGGAAACAGAUCAUCAUAGAUAUAUGAAGCGCAUAGCUUUCGGCGCUGUCGUCGUUUCGACUGUUGCAGUUAUCACUGCAGUCGUCACUAUGCCAAUGCUCUACGAUUACGUUCAGAGGCUCCAAACUGACAUUAACUUAGAAACAGAGUUCUGCAAGUCUCGCACUCAUGAUCUUCUUGUUGCUAUGUACCAACGCGUUCCUGCUGGACGUGCUAAGAGAGGUUGGCUCUUCGGACAAUGGGUUCCAGACAGCGGAGCUGGAGGUGGUGCCGAUUACGGAGCACCAGCUACUGAGCCAGGAUAUGCCCCCGCUCCUCCUCCAAGCAACGGAUACGGACCUGUCGUUAAUGCCGAGCCUGCUCCACAAUGCUGUACCUGCCAACAAGGACCAGCUGGACCUCCAGGACCUCCAGGAGAUGACGGAAACGCAGGAAGAGACGGAGAUCAAGGACUUGACGGAAAGAGUGGUCGCGACGGUGGAAUCGCUCCAUCCGAUGGACUUCAAUCUGAGCCAUGCAUCAUCUGCCCACCAGGACCACCAGGACCAGCUGGAGCUGCAGGAUCCAAGGGACCACAAGGACCACGUGGAUCUCCAGGAUUGUCUGGAGUCGAUGGACGUCGUGGAGAGCCAGGAAUGGUCGGACCAGCCGGACCUCAAGGAGAACCAGGAAACCAAGGACCCAAGGGAAAGAAAGGAGAAGACGGUCGUGUCAUCAAUGUCAAUGGACCACCAGGACCAGCAGGAGCUCCAGGACCACAAGGACGCAAGGGAGAACGCGGACCAAAGGGACGUGUUGGAUCUGUCAUCCCAGGACCACAAGGACCUCAAGGAGACCAAGGAAAGAAGGGACGCAGCGGACGCAAGGGAGAAGCUGGAAGACCAGGACCUCUUGGAUCCCGCGGAGCCAACGGAGAUUGCUUCCAUUGCCCAACUCCUCGUACUCCUCCUGGUUAUUAA